AUGGGUUCAUCAUUCAAAACCUACAUCCUCCUCCUCCUCCUCCCUCAAUUCUUUCCAUUUUCUUCAUUUGCCGUUCGAGACAUAGGUAUAGUCCCUAUUAACCAUAAUCUUAUCGUCCAUGUUGACCCCCUUGUAAACCCAGGUGGUAAUCUUAACGUUGCCGUCGAUGUUGACCCUGCUGCCUCUAACCUUGAUGAUGGCACCAUUGGCCCUAAUGAUGGUGGCAACGCUGCCCUUAACCUUAUCAAAGACGGCCACAACGCUGCACUUAACCUUGUCCAUGAAGGUAUCAACGCUGCCCUUGACCUUAUCAACGGUGGCAAAGUCAACGAUGGUGGAUCUGAUUAUGCAAAGCCAGAACUUGAGACAAACUUUAUGGGAGAAUGGAAAAUCGAUUGCCCCAACGCAGGUGUGGGUGCCAUGCAACUACAGCUGAUGCCUAACGAUCAGGUCGUUUGGUUUGAUGCCACAACACUUGGGCCUUCUGCUCGAAAAUUGGAACCCGAGGGAAACUGUCCGCCCAACCCAGAUACACAAAACCAGCCUGAUUGUUUUGCUCAUUGUAUUGCAUAUGACUGGAAAACCGCAAAAAGUAGAACCAUUGUGUUGUCGGGAGAACCAUGGUGCUCUUCAGGAAACUUGUGGCCUAAUGGAAACCUUGUGGCUACGGGAGGUACCUUUAGUGGUGUGAAAGCUGUUAGAAUGUUGCCUAUGGAUGAUCUAAAAUCAGAUUUUAUUGAAAGAAAAGAUGCUCUUGGUGACUUCAGAUGGUAUUCAUCUAACCAGGUUUUAGAAGAUGGGUCUGCAGUAUUGGUGGGGGGUCGGGAAUCCUGGAGCAUUGAAGUUGUUCCACCAACACUUGAUUUCAAACCCAAGAAAAUCGACUUCCCUUUCCUCAAAGAAACAUGUACGCCCCCAAAAGGACCAAAUAGAUUCAUAGAAAACAAUCUCUAUCCCUUUGUUUAUCUACUUCCAGACGGCAACGUAUUCCUUUUCGCCAAUGACCGCUCCAUCAACUUUAAUCCAAUUACAGGAAAAAUUUCUUGUGAGCAUCCAUUGUUGCCAGGUGGUGCCCGGAACUACCCAGCUUCUGGCAUGUCUGCUCUUUUCCCACUCAAGCUCAUGCCAGAAAACCCCUUACCGCUUAAUGUUGAGGUGGUGGUUUGCGGUGGCAACAAGCAGGAUGCAUUUGAAAGGGUUGAUGCAAAGCAUGUUACAGAAAAGGAAUUUGUACCUGCACUUAAGGACUGUCAUAGAAUCCAUCCCAUGAAACCAGGUGCAGUAUGGGAGGAUGAACAAGAAAUGCCUUCAGAGAGAUGCAUGGGCGACCUUCUACACCUCCCAACUGGAGAUCUCAUCAUGCUCAAUGGCGCCAAAAAAGGUACUGCUGCUUGGGAAGAUGCCAUAGACCCUAACUUUACCCCUAUCCUAUAUUCUCCAGGUAAGCCUAUGGGUAAAAGGUUUAAAGAAAUGAAUCCUACAACUAUUGCAAGGAUGUAUCAUUCUUCCUCAGCAUUGUUACCUGAUACCACCAUCUUGGUUGCUGGAAGCAACCCACAUCAAUUCUACACUUUCAACCACGAAUUCCCAACAGAGUUGAGGGUUGAGAAAUUCUCCCCUCAUUACUUGGAUCCUGCACUUGACGACCAAAGACCCUCAAUAUGUCCACGUCAGACUGACAAGGUGAUAAAGUAUGGAGCACCAUUUAAGGUUGUAGUUAAUCCAUUAAAAAGCAAAAAGAUUUUGGAGCCAGGUGAUGUUAAGGUAACCAUGAUAUACCCACCAUUCACAACUCAUGGUUUCUCCCAAAAUCAGAGGUUGAUCGUACUUGCGUUAAAGGCGAUAGAAAAUAACGUUAUCACGGCGUUUGCACCACCAUCAGGAAAUAUUGCGCCUCCUGGGUAUUAUAUGAUGUUUGUCAACUACCUUGGGGUUCCUGGACCCGGUCUUUGGGUUCACAUUGACAAAUAG